UCUACUUUCCAGCCCAGCUGUGAACAUCGGAUCGCAUUCAACUGCAGCAACGGCGACAACGACGACGACAACGAUAGCUGCUCUUGUACUCGUCCUUGAAAGCCCAAACCCUUGAGUUUCUGCAGCUGUAUCGGUAUCCAGCAACAAUCCUUUCCACCGCUUGCUGCAACGGGACUUCGGCUUCUAGUAACAAACAGUUCUGCGCCGCUCCAUCACCGCUAUUUACGGGCUCAACAACACCCAUUCCUCCGCCAUGGGCGGCAUGGCGCAGAAGCCUUUGCUUUCCACGGGCUCCUUCACAGGCUUUCAUUCGGAAUUGGCCUCUGAUAUUGGGGCUACAUACCUUUCCGCUGAGUCGGUUCGAAGACAAUCCUUUUGCGGCAACAAGGAAGGAUGGGGACCGUUAAGUCAGACCAGAUAUGACUUUACGCCUUGCUUUAUGGAUGUGUGGGUUGCGAGCGUGGCAGUCUUUGGCAUCCUGGGGGGUGCAAUUGCGGUGUGGUGGUUGCUGAGAAAAAAGAAGAGUUUCAUGGUUGGGAAGGACUGGCAUUUUUGGACCAAGCAGGUAUGUUUUAGCUCUAUGGAACAACCCUAGCAUGUUGA